AUGGGCAGUUACCGUUACCGGACAGUUAUGUUACCAGAUAAUAUUAGUCGAUUUCAACUGGUUUCCCUACAACAAUCAACUGGAAUAAUAGCUCAAAAAAACGGUGAAUCUGUGAUGUUAAAUUCUGAUGAGCAAGCACAAUUGCAUGAGAUUGCAGAGAUGAUCCAGAGAGAAGGUCUGAAGGCAUUAAAUAAUAAUUUGCAGAGCCAAUUAUCGGAAUGGAAAAAUCACCCAUUAAAUAUAUGUAUUACUGGCAAUAGUGGAGUUCCACAGAUCAUCAGAAUUCGAACAAAGUGUCGACAGUAUAUUCACGAGGCUCCUAUAUUUUUAAUUAGUAGACGAAAAGAGCAUACUGAUAAACGGGAAUAUGGUCAGCUCAUGGAAUAUCUCAUUGAAAACUAUCCGAAAGAUAAAUUGGAUGCGAUCAUUUUUCCGUUGAAUGCUGAUUGUGCACAAGCAAUUCAUGCAAAGGUACGUGCACUUCGACGACGAAUCUAUUUUGUGGCUGAACUAUCGGCUGGUGUAGCGGCUAUACCUCUUCCCGGGUGUAUCAAUAGCAUUUGA